UAGCAUGUCCUCUAGCGGGUCCAUUGCUUAUCGCAGUGUCCGUUAUUUUACUGCAUUUCUCCCAUGGUAACAAACGGCAAGUUUCAUAUAUACGCAAACGAACUAGUUAAAGAUGCCACUGACUUGGUUAAAAGUGGCAGCAUAAGGAAGGUUCCCAACUCAAGAGUUUAUAAUUGACUUAAAGACACCAGAGAGAAGAUCUUUCCCUCUUCCAUUGAAAGAUGGCAGUGAAAUUAUAAAAUAUGAGUUUAGAAAAAUGUCCAUAUUGUGGAAAGCCAUUCAAGAGGCUGAAAACCCACCUACCACACUGCAAAAUGGCACCAGUUGCACAACCCAUGAAAAGCAUUAAAGCACCCAAAGAACUUGGUGCAGCCACUUCCAGACAGAAGAUCCAUAGAAAAACAACAACUGAUGUCAUCUUUGAUGAGAGACUAACCUCCAAAAGCAGGAGGAAAGAAGAGAUUCACAAUGCCAACAGCCUUCUCACAAAUACUGAGGUCAAAGUCUCAUCAUCUGAAACUCUGGACAUGGAGAGACCUAAAAGCAAAUGGCUUGCUAAAAGACAAAGGGAGCUCGAGAGAUUACAGCUGUUAGUGCCAGUCUCAAAGAAGCCAAGCGGCCCUACCUCAUUAUCCAAGCAUGAAGGAGAUAAAAGCUUUUCUGAGAUCUCCAAAGGACCAAAUCAAGGAACAUCUCAAAGUAAUGGAAAAAGUACUAAAGGCAAUAAGAAGAUGGCACCAUUAUCAGAGCAGUUGUCCAUCACCACAAGUAAAAUCAAUCCCCUUGGAUUUGUGCCAGCCACUCUGAAAAACGCAUCUGAGUGCAGUGUACAACAUGAAAAUCCAAAACUCAAAACAAAAGUUCACUUCUUGGAGGAGCUUGAAAGACUUACAAACAGCCAGAACAAUAAUUUCGAUCUAGUAUCGAGAGCAAAAGAACAUAAAGCUCAUGCUUUCUUUACAUCCAAGACUUCAGUGUGGGACCACAUCAAUUACAGUUUGUAUUACAAGAGGUCUUAUAAUCCGUUUGUGCCUUAUCCUAUUAUUGAAACAUCCAAAGAUUCUGCUCUGGAGACUAUGCAACAAUCAAACAAGCCUGAAACGGCAGUUACCAAGGUUGCCUUUCCCUCACUGACUGUAUCUGAAACCAUUCAUCAACCUGCAGAUGACAUCCUUAAUUCAAGAUUGCAAGGUGUAAGAAGUCUAUCAUGUAGUUCAGAGACUGCUUACAGAACCUCCACUGCACCUUUAGGCAGCUAUGCUAAUGAAAAUAUUUGGAAGAAGGAUCGAUUUCCUGGGGCAUCCUCCCAAAGUGAAGUGCCUCUAGUGCAGCGGAAACUUGGAGAUGUCAGAUUGAAUGAACUUGGUGUCUGGCUUGCUGCCCGAACUCCGGUGUCACCCGGAGAGAUUGUGACCAUGUUGAAGCAAGGUUGGCAGUGGUACUACAGGAAGUAUAUUGAUGCUCGUAGAGGAGGAAUCGGUGGGAUAUCCAUGCUGUUGACUGGAUACUGUGUUCUGUGUUACAUAUGGAGCUACCCACAUCUCAAGAAAGAACGAUGGAGGAAGUACCAUUAGGGAUGUUUGAUGGUCUUCGUAGUUGUGUUCAGGGCCAUGAGGGCACAAUAAGAUUAUUAAUAGGGUAAGAUUAUAAUACCAGGAACUAUUAGUUUACUACAGUUGAGGUUUGCUGUGUUUUUGUUGAAAAGUUGGUAUCAAGACUGACUGAUAAAGUACUUAUGAAUUAAAAAUUUUGAUAGGAACCUAUCUGGAAGUGCAGAUAAUGGAAUUAUUUGUAUCAAAUAUUUCUAAAUGUUCAUUUAUUUGCAAAAAAAAGAAUGCUUUUAACCUAUACAGUUUUACUUUUUGUUAUUCUGUAACCAAAAAGAGGACUUACCUGAGAUCUAAUAAAUUAUUCAGUAUUGUUCUGCACUA